AUGGGACAUUUUUUAUACAAUAAUACUGAGCACAAUAUCAUGAACACCAUACCCACACAGGGCAGCAUUUCUGAGCCUGACUAUCUUCGAAAAGCCAUCUAUUCUUUAAUCAUCUUCAUCUGUUUCCCAGGGAUUGUUGGAAAUGGAAUUGUCAUCCGACUUUUGUAUUUCCAGAUUAAGAGGCAUCCUUUUGCUCACUAUAUCCUCAAUUUGGCUGUGGCGGACACUGGGACUCUCCUGUUCGUGUUUAUCUCCGCGAUCCGGUACUUAAAUACUGAAGAUUCCUGCAUAGAAAUCAUAGAAGUUUUACUAUGCACUUAUUGCACUGGUCAGUUUCUUCUGACAAUCAUCAGCAUUGACCGGUGUUUGGCUGUCUUCUUCCCCAUUUGGCAUCGGUGUCAUCAGCCACCUCACCUCUCCACCGUACUUUGUGUCUUUUCAUGGAUAGUCUCCAUUCUCUUCUGUACAAUUCAUUACACUCUGAUUCGGGUUACAGAUCUCCCAAAGUACCUACAAUACUUCUUUAUUCUCAUAUUUAUCUCGGUUUGCAUUCCAGUCAUAGUGAUCUCCAGCCUAGCUCUCUUCAUCAAAGGCUACCUCAAAUCACAAAUGAAGAAGCGAGGGAAACUUCUCAAGGCCGUCCUGCUUGCCCUGUUUUUCUUCCUCAUCUUCUCCAUUCCACCAAGCGCCAUUUAUCUCAACGAUAUUAUUUCGCAGAAGAAGAAGUUCAAUUUCAUUCCGUAUGGUUACUUAUGUGCCUGUCUAAACAGCAGUGUUAACCCACUGAUCUAUUUUCUCCUGGGGAGAAGGAAGGAACGCCAUUUGAAAUACAACCUGAAAAUAAGCCUCCAGAGAGUUUUCAAGGAGGAAGAAGAAAAGAGCAGUGAGCCACCAGACAUCCAGGCUGAGGAGUAG